UCGACGGGCUGCCUGAGCCCGGCUCGUCCAAUAGGGCGGAUAAAGGGAGGGCGGCGUUCCCGGCAUGCAGUGUGCGCUAGUGCCCGGCCGGUGGCUAAGAUGGCGACUCCCAUGCACCGUCUUAUCGCUCGGAGACAGGCGGAAGCAAACAAGCAGCAUGUGAGAUGUCAGAAGUGUUUGGAAUUUGGACACUGGACCUAUGAAUGUACAGGGAAAAGAAAAUAUCUGCAUAGACCAUCAAGGACAACAGAGUUUAAAAAAGCACUUCAGGAAAAAGAGAAGCAACUAUUACAACAGAGCUCUGCAGAAUGUACUACAGACAGGAAGAGCAAGAAGAAAAGGUCUAAAAGUGUCACGAGUUCCAGCAGUAGCAGCAGCGCCAGCUCAGCCAGUGAGUCAUCAUCUGAGAGCGAAGAUUCCUCCUCCUCCUCUUCGGAUGACAGUGACAGUGAUGAAAGCACUUCCUCUUCCUCAUCAUCCCCCUCUUCAAGUAGUUCUUCCAGUUCUUCUGACUUUGAGACAGAUUCUAGUUCCUCCAGCAGUAGCAGCAGCAGCAGCACAGACAGCAGCACGGAUGAUGAACCGCCAAAGAAAAAGAAGAAGAAAAGUAAUCUGGUGCAGUGUUAGGACUCUGGUGUUGAUGAACGAUUAGCAUCUGAAAUGCUUAACGGCCAAACGAAACUAACAGGUCAAUUUUUACAAUUGAUUUCUUUCUUUUUUUGUGUGUUUUACAUAGUAGUUGAUAGGACAUAAACCGUUAAAUGGCAAGUAACGCUUAUUGGAAGAGUAUUUUUGUGGAUUAUUGUCUAAUAGGAAAUGCUACUUUUUUUCUCUUAGUUUUUAAAGAAAUCUAUCAAAUGUUUAUAUGAGCUAAGGUCCAGUCACCCUGAUGUUUACAUGCCAGCAAGCAAAACACAUUUAUCUGAACUAUCCUGUUACGUUAUAAGCAACCAACAUUCAUGUGAAAAGCAAGAUAGGAAGAUGAAGGGUGCAAAGUUUUAUUUCAGUUGGCUGAUACGUCAGAGCCAUAUUCAAUCUCCACUAACAGUUAAAAGGGGUGGGUGGGUGAUAAUGCCUUCAGCACAAGUGAAACAGAUUUCCCUUUUCUGCCAGUAGCUGCUCAAAUAUGUGUUGCAAUAUCGUAUUGCUGAAUUUUGGAGAUCAGGGCCACACAUUCAUGCCAGUCCAGCGGGAUUGCUUCAGCCUGUUGAAAGAGGCUUCUGUGCAUAGAUUGCCCUUCUGAAUGUGGUCCUGCAUAUGCAAAAUGAUAUGCAGUGAGUGACCCUAACAUGGCUUUGGGCAGCACACAUGGUACUACACUUAAGGCUCUCUCCCCCCCCCCCCUCCAAAGGGGUUGGUUCAUAUUCACAGUAUAGAAAAGUCGCAGUCACUCUAUCUGGGUUAGAGGGUAAAUGAUUUCCAGAAACCUCUCUAUGACCCCCCCCCACUCCCACCCCCAAGUAAACAGCACUGUCAAAUGCUAACAUCUGUUUAUCAGUGGAGAUCCUUCCAUGGAACUACAUACAUGCCUCUCUCCAGCAUGUACCACAAUUUCUGGACCAGGGUCAAAUGCUUUAAUUUUUUUAACAAGACCCGUUCAGAGCUUAAAGGCCAUCCCUUAAGCGGCAUUUGCACUGUGCAUGGAGAGUAGUGUUAACUGUUGCGACUGAAGUGUUUCAUCUUUGUGCCUUUUCAUAAAAUUAAAUGUUCCCCAAUGAGGGUGUUAAAAUGAGGAGGGUUUUAAGUCUUCGUUUUACCUUCCAUAAUCUAAUUUGGGGGGCUAGAGAAAUUGUAAUAACAUACAAAUGUUGUAUUUUCAAUGAGGAAAAAAGAAAAAAAACAUUUAUUUUCAUUGGAGCCCGAUUUAAAAGAAAGAAAGUAUCUUUAAAUAUUCCCCCUUGUGCUAUUUUUGCAUAGUAAUUCUUAACUGUAAGAUAAAGUUGAUUUAUUUUGGUCAUAUAGCAACUUUCAUUGUAUUCUAAUUUACAAUCACUUAUUUAGAAUUAUUUCUAUUUGCAUAGCACAAGUUAUAUAUAAUUGUAUGGACUUUGAAAUGGAGGGUACAUUAUAGCAAAAAUCAUAAUGCAGUACAUUUCUUGCUAGUUACAGAAGUGAACUAACUUGCUAUUGUGGUAAAUUUUAGCAAUUGGCAGUAGUCACUUAAUUUGUGAUACAGUCUCCUUUUAGUUUCUUAUUGAUGGGAGUCUUUCUAAGAGGGAACAUGUGGGGGAAGAUCUUAAAUAUCCUAGUCUAGUUAAAAUACGAAUUAACUAUUGAACUAUUUUUUAUAUUUUUAUGAAAAUGUAGUGUGUAGAAUGCCUUUUGAAUACAAAUGUUCUAUUUAAAUGUUUAUGUAAGUUGUGCAUUUUAGUCUGUAACCAUUUCUAUGUUUUGCAGAACUCAGAUACUGUAAUUCUAAAAGUACAAGAAAACUAUUUGAAAGUCAUGCUAAAGAAUGUAUCAUUUAAGAGGAAAGAUUAAUAAAUUAUUAAAUGCAAGUAAAUGGCUUUAUUGUUUAUUUUAACAGAAUGCCGUUUCAGUGCCAAUACAUUGG